UUCUGUUUUAAAUGAUAUUAAUUUUUGGACGAAAUUCUAGGGAAGAAAGUGAAUAGCUUACAAUCACUUUUUAAGAGUCCAUUUCCCCUUUGAGGAUAUUGUUUGCUCUGUUUGGCUUUCCCAAAAAGUCAAUGCAUAGCUUUAGAUUGAUUAUUAAGCUAAAUUUGUAUACAGCAAUGAAACAAAUGAGCAUGUGAGUCAGUCGAUACAAACAAGAAUCUAAAUCAUCACAAACAAAUUGAUGUUCCAUUAAUUUAGUCCAGAGAUUCUUUUGCAUCCUCUAAAUCUUGUUCAGAUUGUUUAUUCACCACUCAAUUUGAGCAUCCCUAUCCUCUAUGGAAAAGCCACACUUCAUUUUCAACCAUUAUUGCACACUCCACACUACCCAUUUCAUUCUGCUUACACUCCCUCCCUCUUUCUCACUCCUUUAUCUCUCUAUAUUCAUCUCUCUCUAGCUUAUUCACGACGCCGAUCACCCUUUUCCGAACCCAGGUAAAAGUGACCAAACAUGGCACAAAUACUUGCACCUUACAUGCAAUGUCAGAUGAAGUUUUCAAAAGGCUCAACAAGUUCAAUGACAUCAAAUCCUUGGACUUCAAUAUUUCUUAAAGAAAAUAAAAAGGAAUCAAUUAAAUGCUCUAGUAAGUUCAGAGUAUGUGCUUCUCUCCAAUCUGAAAAUAGCACAAUAAACAGGGUGGAGCAGCUACUCAACUUGGAUGUCACUCCAUACACUGAUAAGAUAAUUGCAGAGUACAUUUGGAUUGGAGGAUCUGGUAUUGAUGUUCGUAGCAAAUCAAGGACAAUCUCUAAACCUGUUGAGCACCCAUCUGAGCUUCCCAAGUGGAAUUAUGAUGGCUCAAGCACUGGACAAGCGCCAGGAGAGGACAGUGAAGUAAUCUUAUACCCUCAAGCAAUUUUUAAGGAUCCAUUCCGUGGUGGUAAUAAUAUCCUUGUAAUCUGUGACACAUACACACCAGCAGGCGAACCCAUCCCUACUAAUAAAAGAUACAGGGCUGCGCAGAUCUUUAGCAACCCAAAGGUUGUUUCUGAGAUUCCAUGGUUUGGAAUAGAGCAGGAAUACACGUUGCUCCAACAAAAUGUUAAAUGGCCUUUGGGAUGGCCUGUGGGAGCCUAUCCUGGUCCUCAGGGUCCAUACUAUUGUGGUGCUGGUGCUGACAAAUCUUUUGGACGUGACAUAUCUGAUGCUCAUUACAAAGCUUGCUUGUAUGCUGGCAUCAACAUUAGUGGCACAAAUGGGGAAGUUAUGCCUGGCCAGUGGGAAUUCCAAGUUGGCCCAAGUGUUGGUAUUGAAGCUGGAGAUCAUAUCUGGUGUGCGAGAUAUAUUCUUGAGAGAAUUACUGAACAAGCUGGUGUGGUUCUAACUCUUGAUCCAAAGCCUAUUGAGGGUGAUUGGAACGGUGCAGGUUGCCAUACCAAUUACAGUACAAAGACCAUGAGAGAAGAUGGUGGUUAUGAAGCAAUUAAGAAGGCAAUUUUGAAUCUAUCAUUACGCCACAAGGACCAUAUCAGUGCAUAUGGAGAAGGAAAUGAACGAAGGUUGACAGGGAAGCACGAGACCGCCAGCAUUGACACAUUCUCUUGGGGUGUUGCCAAUCGUGGUUGCUCUAUCCGUGUGGGUCGUGACACGGAAAAGGCAGGCAAAGGUUAUCUGGAAGAUAGGCGGCCUGCUUCAAACAUGGACCCAUAUGUGGUAACAGGUUUGCUUGCAGAAACUACAAUACUUUGGGAACCAACACUUGAGGCUGAGGCACUUGCAGCCCAAAAACUCGCUCUUAAUGUGUAAUUCAAUCAUAAAUCGUAUGAGAAUGUCGCAUAUUCACAUGAACGAGGGAACUCUUUCACGUGCCCAGAAUUUGCUUAUUUUUAGUUUUUAGUAUCCUGGGUAUGUGAGUGUUUUCUUUCAUGACCUAUGCUUCUGAUCAUUGUUUGAUUUGGGAGUUCAAGAGAAGAAUAAUUUGUAACUGUUGCCUUCUUUAUUUUUGCUCUUAUGAAGCUCAAGCUCAGUAUUAGUUAUAUUCCAGUUUUAGGAAUGAACUUCAAAAUCCUUUGUUACUCAUCUUCAACCUCAUUGAAUAUACACUUAUGUCCCUUUAGUUUGCUGCAA